AUGACGUCACCUCCAAGCAAGAAGCAGCGCGUCAUCAAGAUAAACUCCGACUCUAGCAUGUCGAAUGGUCAUACUGAACUCAAGUCUAUUAGUAUUAUAACACUCACUCCAAAUGAAGAAGAGCUUUUUACGUUUCUAUUAAAAGUAGCAGCUGCUCACGUACCGAAUAAAAUUAUUCUUCGUGUAGCUGGUGGAUGGGUCCGUGACAAACUCUUGGGUCGAGAUAGUGACGAUGUGGAUAUUGUAGUGGAUUCGAUGACAGGUCGUGCCUUUGCAGAUCUUAUAAACACGUACGAGACGUUACAAGGUCGUCCGAUGAAAGCAGUGGGGGUGAUUAAAGCUAAUCCGGAACAGAGCAAACAUUUAGAGACAGCUACGAUGCAAAUUGGACACGAGAUGGGCUGGAUUGAUUUUGUUAACCUUCGAGCAGAGACGUAUGCAUCGGAGGAUCAUCGGAUUCCAAUGGUAACGAUAGGAACUCCUUUGCAAGAUGCUGAACGUCGGGAUUUUACAAUGAAUAGUUUAUUUUACAAUUUGGCGACGAAACAAGUGGAAGAUUUUACUGGACGAGGGAUUGAAGACUUGAAAAAGAGACGACUACGGACACCAUUGGAUCCUCGAGUUACAUUGCUUGAUGAUCCACUCCGUGUACUGCGUGCAGUACGCUUUGCAUCGCGGUUUCAUUGUACUUUGGAGGAUGAGCUGCGUGCAGCAGCACAAUUGGAGGAAGUUCGAAUGGCACUUGUUCGAAAAGUGAGUCGAGAAAGAGUGGGUAAAGAGCUCGCAAAUAUGCUCACGGGAAGAGCAGCGCACCCUGAACGGGCGUUGUGCCUGCUGCAUGAGCUCGGAUUAUGUGAAAGUGUCUUUUUGCCCUCUACUCUGUUGGAAAAGAUACCUGUAUGCCGUCCAGACGGAGAAGUGCAGGAGGUGGACCAGAACGUAUGGAAUCGAUCAUACGCUUAUGUGUCAGAGAUGUACUUCUACUUGACUUCGGGUGGGGUUUUAGACGUUGAUAAGUUGGCGUUGGAGAAAAAGCAUGAACUACAGGUUCGUAUCUUGGCAUGCGUGUUGCUGCCAUUCCGGGAUUUCUGUGUACGUGACAAGCGCCGUCAAUCGGUCGCUACAUUUGUCAUCCAAGAUUCGCUCAAGCUACCCCACCGCGAUGCUAAAGAUGUGAAUAAUGUUUUGGCUCACGUGAGUGAGUUUCAGGCAGCAACACUUGAUGCAUUUGACCGGGCAAAGGUGGGUCUUCUUCUUCGCAGUAUCGGUGCUCAAUGGGAAAUCUGCCACGACGCAGCGCUAGUGCAGGAACUCACGGACUCUGGACCGGUUGACGAAUCUGCUGACACACGCGCUACAGUAUCCAAGCGUUAUUUUACUUUUAUCUCGCACAUUCGAGAUGCAGGUUUGGACGGCGUCUGGGAACUAAAGCCACUGUUGAAUGGAAACGACCUUGUGAAGCUGCUAGGUGUAAAGCCUGGUCCACAAAUGAAAGUAUUGCUCGACCGUAUUCUGGUGUGGCAACUCUCAAACCCAAGGAAGUCGCGCGACGAGUGUAUAAUAUACUUCAAGGCACUCGUCACCAAUGAGGCCAAGUGA